UGUUGUAGUGUACUGUACACCAGGAACCUACAGCCAGGGUGACAAAUGCACGUUUUGUGAAGUAGGAACCUACCAGGAUGAAAUAGGGAAACGUGAAUGUAAACAAUGUCCAUCUGGGAAGUCGACACAAUUCACUGGAUCGACUGGUGUUGAGGCCUGUACAGUUCAUGUUCAUAUUACCACACCAGCUGAUGGCAACGAUGAUGAUGAUCAUCAUCAUGGUAAACGUGAAAAAAAUAACGAACACACGGGUUCAUUGAUUGGAUUGGCAGUUGGCUUAGCAGUUGCGUUUGUGGUGAUAGUAGCUUUGGUGGGAAUCGUCGUCUAUAAGAAGUGUUACAGUUCUCUAAACGAAAUGAGGUCUAGAAGUCAGGCAAGCCUUGGCCAGAUCGCACCUAUGGUUCAUAGUACGAGCCUACAUCAAACAGCUGAUGCUACGGACAGCUUCCAGUCAGCCACUAAAACAAGUGGUUCUUUUCAUGAUAGUAGCAUUCCUCAGUCCAUGGAUCUCCCUCCAUCAUAUGAGCAGGUGAUGUCCAUACCGCUUCAGCAGCCACCAGCACAAACCAGGCUCACACCUGUACAUACCCAGUUCACACCAGUACAGGCAGAAACCAACUCGGUAACAAAACACGACCCAUUAGCAUUCAGAGAGCCAUCUAUCAAAGCUGAGCGUCCAUUUGCCUCUGGUGUUUACGAGAGGAAGCUAUUGCCACCCAGACUUCCGCCUCUCAACUUAGAUGGUCGAAAUGCCUCUGAUGAUUAUGACAAACUGCAAGCCUCAAGCUGCCGCCAAACUAUGUCUGGUGAUUAUGACGAACUGCAAGUUCCACCCAAACAUUCAGUCCUUGGUGUGAAUCGCCAAAAUGGCUUAGCGAAUGUCUACAGUGAGAUUGCAGCUGACAAAAUCAUUGGAGCAACACCGACUACACCUCGUGAUUAUGAGAAAUCACAAGUCUCACGGAAACCAGCACCUCACGGGGCUGAACGUCAAGGUACUUCUGGUAAAAACGACAAGCAGGAACUCCCAGCCAAUCUGCCUUCCCUUGACGCAGCAGCCGUCCAACAUGCCGCUGAGAACGUCUACAGUGAGAUUGACGAUGACAAUUGAAUCAUCAGAGUGGCACCGGCC